AUGGGAUCCAAUCAAUCUGUAGUAGCACCUGCUGCAGCGGUGCUAUCUCAAUUAGCAGCUGCUGCUCGGGGGCGACCCAAUCUGUCGGACAGUCAAUCGAUACGCCCUACCAGAGCACCGACAUUUCCACCACCCGUGCGACACAAGAUACUCAAGUACAACGUGGCUCCGAAGAAGCUAGGAGACAUGAAAAUCGAAGUCGGACACAUUCUCUUGUUGGAAGACCUCGAAACCCUUCUCUCUGAUCAAUGGCGAAUGGAGAUACUCAAGCUGUACUUGGACGGACUUUCAACGCGACAUGGAUGGGUUGAAGAACAUCCCUCGACUGGUAUCACUCCAAACAGUGGCAAUCCACUCCUGGAGAUCAUCUGCAAUAAGGAGCGGUUGUACCUGGUGAUCAGUGUUGAUGAAGACGGGUUUUGGGCUGUGCCUCUCUUUGACCUCGACCUCUUGGCCACUACCGCCAACUCCAAAUGCCAUCACAUCGGGCUUGUCAAUGAUGUUCAUGAGGCUGAACGUCAUCGUGAUCCGAUGCUUUGCGUGGAAGUAGCGGCUCAGCAAAUCCAUGCCUUCUCUCCGGGGUGCAGUGUUCGAUACAUGCAGGAGCGGUACUUCCAAAAUGUCGGCUUCGGUACGCUUGUUGCACUGAUCGACGAGAAGAGCUGCAAGUACCUGCAAGAACUACGCCUCCGCGAAAUAGGACGGUCGACCCUGCAUGACAAGGAUAAGACUUCUCGCGCAGAGCAACUGAUGAAUGCGCACACUGUCAUCAUCAGGGCAAACGAGCAGAGUCACCUUGCAGGGAGGAUCGAACGCAAUUGGGAAGCUGUGAGAGGGAUCGAAGCGGUCCGACCGAAAUCCAGGCCAGCCAUGAAGGAGCCCAAGAAAAGCUCCCAGCCGCGAGCCAGUAAGCUUGAGAUUACAACUUUACCAGACCCACAGAGACCGGCGAUCAAUGGCAAAAGCGACUCUGAUGAAGCCAGAAAUGCGUCAGGAUCUGUCAGUACUGAUACCUUCGCCAGCAACAUCAAUCAUGCCGAGAAUGCUCACCAAGCUGCAACGUCCCCUAAUAAUACGUUUGGGACACAUGACGCCGUAGGUCCUGAAGUGGUCAUGCCCGCUGAAGAUGAAGAUCUUCUGGAAGAAGGAAUCUUCGAUGAGGGGGUGAUGAAGGACCGCGCACCCACCGAGGGGGGCAAGCUUACUGCUGCACAGAUGAUCAACCACUUGCACUCUCGAGAUCAGCGUCGAUCUGACAUGCUUCGUUCUCGACAACACUUGUUCGAGGAGGGACCGGAAGCAUCACUGCGGGGAACGACACCAGGGCCACGUUCUCGAAACGGAAGCAUGACGACGGAGGACACGAAGAUCGUGACUUUGGGUCGGUGA